AUGAGAACCCACAGUGGAGAAAAACCUUUUAAAUGUAACCAGUGUGGGAAAGCCUACAGUUCAAGCUCUUAUCUUAAUCGGCACAAAAGAAUUCACUCUGGGGAGAAGCCCUAUGGAUGCCGUGACUGUAGAAAAACCUUCAGAGAUAGUUCACUUCUUAGACAACAUGAAGAGAUUCAUUCCAAGGACAAACCCUACAAGUGUGAUCAGUGCAACAAAACAUUCAGUAGAAGGUCUAGGCUUAACACACACAAGAUAUUACAUACUGGAGAGAAGCCCUAUGCCUGCAAUGAUUGUGGGAAAACCUUCAGUAUUCUCCCGUACCUUAAAAGACAUAAGAGAAUCCAUACUGGAGAGAAAUCCGUUGAGUGUAACCUCUGUGGAAAAGCACUAAGUAGUGAGUCAUACCUGAAGACACACCUGAGGAUACAUACUGGAGAGAGACCUUACAAGUGUGGUCAGUGUGGGAAAACUUUUAGAAUGAGCUGUAAUCUCAUAGUGCACAAGAAGAUGCAUGCUGGAGAGAAACCGUGUAUAUGCAAGGACUGUGGGAAAUCCUUCAGGGACCACUCGUGCCUGAAAGAACACAUGAGAAUUCACACUGGAGAGAAACCCUUUGCAUGCCAUCAGUGUGGGAAAACCUUCAGAGUGAAUUAUUUCCUCAUUUUGCACAAGAAAAUUCACAUGAGGACAAAACAAUAUGAGUGUAAGGAAUGUGGGAAAGCCUUCAGUGGUGUCUUAUCUCAUAGGAGGCAUAUGAAAAAGCACACCAGGGAGAAGAAACCCUUCAACUGUAGUGAGUGUGGAAAAGCUUUUAGGAGGAAUGCAUCCCUUACAAUACACAUGAGAACCCACACUGGGGAGAAACCCUACAAGUGUGAUCAGUGUGGGAAAACCUUCAAUGUAAGGGGUAAUCUUACCGUGCACAAGAGAGUGCAUACUGGCGAAAAACCCUAUCAGUGCAAUGUCUGUGGUCGUGCUUUCAGUAAGCUCAUAUCCCUUCGGAGGCAUCAUGAGAGCACUCAUGCUGGACAAAACUCCUAG